AGAGCUGGCACAAGGGUCUCUGCCAUGACUGAUAUGAAGCGACUGGACACGGAAGCAAAGACUUUUCUCCUUGGCAGCCAACAACCUGCAGCAGGCAAGGCGGGCGGGGGAGGAAACCCCGAGGAGGCGCUCCUGGCCGCCUCUUUGCUGAGAUAGCAGGAGCGGCAGCCUGCGGAGCCACGAGCGCAGCGUCACUGAGCUGGUGCGGGUGCAGGGGCGCGCAGGCAGGCGCACAGGCAGGGAGCCGCUUCUGCCACCCAGUCGCAGGCGCUGCAGGACAACCGUGCCGCCAGAGCGCCCGGGGCCGUUCCGCAAGAGCGAGAAGCCUGCGGCUGCGCUGCCCAGCGCGGUGCCUCCUGCCACCUGCCUCGCGCGCCGCGGGCGACUGGAGGAACCCAGAGAGCUCGGCCUGCUGUCCCGUUUUCGAAAAGCAGCCUGUGGCGGCGGAGCCGGGAGGAGAGCAUUUCAGUUUUCUACGGGACUGAGAUUUUUUUUUUCCUCCUUACAAUUUGGGGGGGAGUCCUAGUAGAGGUCAGAGGGGCAAGAGAGGAUCUAGAAAAGCUGCCAAGGACUGUGAACAUGGGCACCCUCUCCUAUCAUUGGAAAAUCUCCUUGACAUUUUUCACACUUUGAAGCAGCUGCAGCUGGUGUCGUCGGAAAAGGGGGUGGGAAAAAAAGAGAGGGGGCGGGGAGAGCAGGGAGACACUGGCAAGAGCCAAGAGCAGCGCCUCCUCGCCUGCCAAUCCUGGCACCUGUGCGCCGAGCCACUGCACCGAGGAGGACCCCACUCCCGGCGAACCCCAGGCUUGAAGCCACGGACUCCCAGCCCUUGCACGGGGGCUUCUCGUCGGCGGGACCUGCAGCCUCCCACUCUGGCCACCGCCGCCGCCUUCGUCCGCCGAAGCACACUGCACCUCUGAGUAGCCCACUGCGCCCCAGCCCCCGGGGAUCCUCGCCCAGCGGAGGCGCCGCGGCGGGCAGCGGGUGUUACAGAGUUGGGUCCCUUUCCUGCUCUUCUCUUCUCCGCCCAGGAUUUAUUGUCUGUGGAGCUUUCUGGGGGCGGGGAGGGAGCUGCGCCUCCGCCACCACCGCCGCUGCUGCUGCGGUUGCUAGCGCGGCGCGCAGGGCAGGCGGAGGCCGGGGAGUGGACGCGCUCGUGCCUCCCCCGCCGGCGCUCUGGGCUUCCCCUCAGCGGCUCCCCGCGGGAACCUCACCAGCGGUCCACCUGAAGGGCAUCAGCAUCAUGGUCUAACGCGGCACCUGCCUGGAAUCCCCUCUUUCUCCUCCUCUUCCUCCUCCUACUCCUUCUCCUCCUCCUCCGAGGACUCUCGCUCCUACUCUACUGCGGACCCUCGAACACUUUAAGGAAUAACCCUUAGCAGCUGCACGGCUCACGCUCUCCAGAACCUCAUGGGCAGUUUCUCCCGCCGGCGAUGAUGGAGAAUCUAAUAAGGGGAAGAAAUCCCCCACAAUAUCAGAGAAGUCCUUGUAAAGAGGUUCGUGCAGCACUUCGGAAGAGGCCUGAAGAGGAGUUGCAGUGCCUGGAGAUGACCACCAAACGGAAAAUCAUCGGCCGUCUGGUGCCGUGCCGAUGUUUCCGAGGUGAAGAAGAAAUCAUCUCAGUUUUAGAUUACUCCCACUGCAGCCUUCAGCAGGUGCCAAAGGAGGUCUUUAACUUUGAGCGGACAUUAGAGGAGCUUUAUCUAGAUGCCAAUCAAAUUGAAGAGCUACCCAAGCAAUUGUUCAACUGUCAAGCUCUACGAAAACUAAGUAUUCCUGAUAAUGACCUUUCAAGUCUGCCAACCUCAAUUGCUAGUUUAGUUAAUCUUAAAGAACUCGACAUCAGUAAAAAUGGUGUACAAGAAUUCCCAGAAAAUAUAAAGUGCUGUAAGUGUUUAACAAUUAUUGAAGCCAGUGUCAAUCCCAUUUCUAAACUCCCUGAUGGCUUCACUCAGCUUCUAAACCUGACCCAGCUCUACCUGAAUGACGCCUUUCUUGAGUUUCUUCCAGCCAAUUUUGGAAGGCUUGUCAAAUUGCGAAUCUUGGAGCUAAGAGAAAAUCACUUGAAAACUCUACCAAAGUCAAUGCACAAACUGGCCCAGUUGGAAAGACUUGACUUAGGCAAUAAUGAAUUCAGUGAGCUGCCUGAAGUUCUGGAUCAAAUACAAAAUUUAAGGGAGUUGUGGAUGGAUAAUAAUGCAUUACAAGUACUACCUGGGUCUAUAGGGAAGUUAAAGAUGUUGGUAUACCUGGAUAUGUCAAAAAACAGAAUAGAAACCGUUGACAUGGAUAUUUCUGGAUGUGAAGCCCUUGAGGACCUCUUAUUAUCAUCGAAUAUGUUGCAACAGUUACCUGACUCAAUAGGACUGUUGAAAAAACUGACUACUCUUAAAGUAGAUGACAAUCAACUUACAAUGCUGCCUAAUACAAUUGGAAAUUUAUCUUUACUAGAAGAAUUCGACUGUAGCUGUAAUGAACUGGAAUCACUACCAUCUACUAUUGGCUACCUUCACAGUCUCCGAACAUUAGCAGUUGAUGAAAAUUUCCUUCCAGAAUUACCCAGAGAAAUUGGAAGCUGUAAGAAUGUCACAGUUAUGUCUCUACGCUCCAAUAAGCUGGAAUUUCUUCCUGAAGAAAUUGGACAGAUGCAGAAACUGAGAGUUUUAAAUUUGAGUGAUAACAGAUUGAAGAAUUUACCAUUCUCAUUUACCAAACUUAAAGAGCUUGCAGCUUUGUGGCUUUCUGACAAUCAGUCCAAAGCUCUUAUCCCUUUACAAACGGAAGCCCAUCCAGAAACAAAGCAAAGAGUAUUGACUAACUAUAUGUUUCCCCAGCAACCUCGUGGUGAUGAAGAUUUCCAGUCAGACAGUGACAGCUUUAACCCUACACUGUGGGAAGAGCAGAGACAACAACGCAUGACCGUUGCCUUUGAAUUUGAGGAAAAAAAAGAAGACGAUGAAAACGCUGGGAAAGUUAAGGAUCUCUCCUGCCAAGCCCCCUGGGAAAGGGGCCAGCGUGGGAUUACUCUCCAACCUGCCAGACUGUCUGGCGAUUGCUGCACACCAUGGGCCAGGUGUGAUCAGCAGAUCCAAGAUAUGCCCGUCCCCCAGAAUGACCCACAGCUGGCAUGGGGUUGUAUAAGUGGCCUCCAGCAGGAAAGGAGCAUGUGUACUCCAUUGCCAGUUGCAGCACAAUCUACCACUCUUCCCUCUCUAAGUGGCAGACAGGUUGAAAUAAACCUAAAACGAUAUCCAACUCCUUACCCAGAGGAUUUAAAGAAUAUGGUAAAAUCUGUUCAAAAUCUGGUGGGUAAGCCAAGCCAUGGAGUACGUGUUGAGAAUUCAAAUCCAACUGCUAACACGGAGCAAACUGUGAAAGAAAAAUUUGAACACAAGUGGCCGGUAGCCCCAAAGGAGAUUACAGUGGAGGAUUCUUUUGUUCAUCCAGCUAAUGAAAUGAGGAUUGGGGAACUUCACCCUUCAUUAGCUGAGACCCCUCUGUACCCACCCAAACUUGUUCUGCUAGGGAAGGACAAAAAAGAAUCAACUGAUGAGUCUGAAGUUGACAAAACUCACUGUCUGAAUAACAGUGUUUCCUCAGGCACUUACUCAGACUACUCGCCUUCCCAGGCUUCCUCAGGAUCCUCUAACACCCGGGUUAAAGUGGGGUCCUUGCAGACAACAGCUAAAGAUGCAGUUCAUAAUUCUUUGUGGGGUAACAGGAUUGCACAAUCUUUCCCACAGCCUCUGGAUGCAAAGCCAUUGCUCAGCCAGCGAGAGGCUGUUCCCCCAGGGAACCUACCACAGAGACCCGACCGCCUGCCAAUGAGCGAUGCUUUCACUGACAACUGGACUGACGGAUCCCAUUACGACAACACAGGGUUUGUUUCUGAGGAAACCGCAGCUGAGAAUGCCAACAAUAAUCCUCUCUUGAGUUCGAAGUCUAGAAGCACAUCUUCUCACGGACGCAGGCCUUUAAUCAGGCAGGAUAGGAUUGUUGGUGUUCCCCUGGAACUUGAGCAGUCUACACACAGACACACGCCAGAAACAGAAGUGCCUCCUACCAAUCCUUGGCAGAAUUGGACCAGAACCCCUAGUCCGUUUGAAGACAGGACCGCUUUUCCUUCCAAAUUAGAGACAACCCCCACUACCAGCCCUUUGCCUGAAAGGAAAGACCAUCUGAAAGAAUCUACUGAAAUACCCAGUCCUUUUUCUCCAGGAGUACCAUGGGAGUAUCAUGAUUCCAACCCCAACAGGAGUCUUGGUAAUGUCUUUUCUCAAAUCCACUGCCGCCCAGAUUCUUCUAAAGGUGUUAUUUCAAUUAGCAAAAGCACAGAGAGGCUUUCCCCACUAAUGAAAGAUAUAAAGUCCAAUAAAUUCAAAAAGUCACAGAGUAUCGAUGAGAUUGACAUUGGCACAUACAAGGUUUAUAACAUACCAUUAGAAAACUAUGCUUCUGGAAGUGAUCACUUAGGAAGCCACGAACGACCAGAUAAACUGUUGGGACCAGAGCAUGGCAUGUCCAGUAUGUCUCGAAGCCAGUCGGUCCCAAUGCUGGAUGACGAGAUGCUCACUUAUGGUAGCAGUAAAGGGCCACAACAGCAGAAAGCUUCUAUGACAAAAAAAGUCUACCAGUUUGACCAAAGCUUCAAUCCUCAAGGAGCAGUGGAAGUUAAAGCGGACAAGAGGAUACCGCCCCCUUUUCAACACAAUUCAGAGUAUGUGCAACCGUCCAGCAAAAACAUGGCCAAGGAUUUGGUUAGUCCUAGAGCUUACAGAGGAUACCCACCAAUGGAGCAAAUGUUCUCGUUUUCUCAGCCAUCUGUUAAUGAGGAUGCUGUGGUGAAUGCCCAGUUUGCAAGCCAAGGAGCCAGGGCAGGCUUCUUGAGGAGAGCUGACUCCCUGGCAAGCUCCACAGAAAUGGCCAUGUUUAGAAGGGUCAGUGAACCUCACGAGCUGCCACCAAGUGAUAGGUAUGGCAGACCUCCAUACAGGGGAGGGCUAGAUCGCCAAAGCAGCGUGACAGUGACUGAGUCCCAGUUCCUGAAGAGGAAUGGCAGGUAUGAAGACGAACAUCCUUCAUAUCAAGAAGUGAAAGCUCAGGCGGGAAGUUUUCCAGUUAAAAACCUAACCCAGAGGAGGCCCUUGUCUGCGAGAAGCUACAGUACAGAGAGUUACGGUGCCUCCCAAACCAGGCCAGUUUCAGCUAGGCCAACUAUGGCAGCUCUUUUGGAAAAAAUACCGUCUGACUAUAACUUGGGUAACUAUGGUGACAAGCCAUCAGAUAACAGUGAUAUAAAGACGAGGCCCACCCCUGUGAAGGGAGAGGAGAGCUGUGGUAAAAUGCCUGCAGACUGGAGACAACAGCUGCUUAGACAUAUAGAAGCUAGAAGGUUAGACAGGAAUGCUGCUUACAAACACAACACAGUUAACCUUGGCAUGCUGCCCUAUGGAGGUAUUUCAGCAAUGCAUGCAGGCAGAAGCAUGACUUUAAACUUGCAGACUAAGUCUAAAUUUGAUCAUCAAGAACUACCUCUUCAGAAAACCCCGUCCCAGCAAAGCAACAUUUUAGACAAUGGACAAGAGGAUGUAUCUCCUAGUGGCCAAUGGAAUCCUUAUCCACUUGGGAGGCGGGAUGUACCUCCGGACACCAUUACUAAAAAGGCAGGCAGCCACAUCCAGACUUUGAUGGGGUCCCAAAGCCUGCAGCAUCGCAGCCGGGAGCAGCAGCCAUAUGAAGGAAAUAUAAACAAAGUGACCAUCCAGCAAUUUCAGUCACCAUUGCCUAUUCAGAUCCCCUCUUCACAGGCCACGCGGGGACCUCAGCCUGGACGGUGCUUAAUUCAAACUAAAGGGCAAAGGAGUAUGGAUGGCUAUCCAGAGCAGUUUUGUGUGAGAAUAGAAAAGAAUCCUGGCCUUGGAUUUAGUAUCAGUGGUGGAAUUAGUGGACAAGGAAAUCCAUUCAAACCUUCUGACAAGGGUAUCUUUGUUACUAGGGUUCAGCCUGAUGGGCCAGCCUCCAACCUUCUACAGCCUGGUGAUAAGAUUCUUCAGGCAAAUGGACACAGUUUUGUACAUAUGGAACAUGAAAAAGCUGUAUUACUACUGAAGAGUUUCCAGAACACAGUAGACCUAGUUAUUCAACGUGAGCUUACUGUCUAAAUAUUUUCUAUAAAUAGUGAAGAUAUGUCUAGCCAGACCUAAUGUUCAAAAAGAAAUUUAUACAUAGAAACAAAUUUUGCCAAUUGCUGGACCAAUGGCAAACAUUAGUGCCAAAUGUAUAAUACUAUAUGUUAGCACUGAUCAUCCUUAAAAAUGUUAACUCUACAAAUAUGAUGUUCAUGUGGUUAUGUAUUAGUUCUAACUGUCAGCCUCUGGCUGUGCAUUGGUGCAGUUUUGUUUUUCUUUUUGUUUUUUUAAUCAAAUAAGUUUCUUCUCAAAGUGGAUUUCAUAUAAUUUCGGAGCACGGAAGCACACACAGCUCUUUAUGAAUUCUGCUCUCCAUCAGAAACACUGCCUCAAAGUUGUAUAUGCCUUUAUAUAGAAAAUACGAACAUAAAGAAUUAUAAUUCCCAUAAAAUAUUUCUAGCACAAGGUAUAUGUUGGCAUAUAUACAAAAAGAAUAUAGAGAAAAACAAUAUUUUCAUAAACUAAACAUCUCGGAUUGAGAAAGAAAUAUAUCUUAAAAUAAGACUUUACUAUAUUGAAUCUUUUUCAAUAAAAAUUCAUGAUAAUGCCUUAUGAAAGUAACUGUACAUAUGGUAUAAAGUGUUUAUAUUUGGUUCCAUAUUCAUUUACUAAAUUCUCAUAACACAGAGUGAAAUAUUUCAUAAAUUCUCCAUUUAUCACUGGGACCUGAAUAAAAAUAGGAAAAACUAAUUUGUUCAAUGCCUUUAGCUAACUACAAUACAUGCAGAGUUAAAAAACAGACUAAAGGUCAUUAUAGAUAAGUCUUUUUCACCACAAAUUUAAGCAGUGAAUGAUGGGUGGCAGGAAAGGUAUUGAUUUCUUUCUUUCCAGUUUAUGUUGAUUAUAAACUGUAGCCCCUGUGAUUUCUUUACUUGUAAAUGUGGAAUUUAUUUGUGUGCUGCUUUAUUUUAAUUUGCUACUUUUAAAUCAUUUAAAAUGAGUUUGGGGAAUUGAUAAAAUUUAUCAUUAAGAAAGACUUGUUAGAAAGUUAAUGUUGGGUGAUUUUAAAACUUUGGCAUUAAAUAUGAAACUUCAAAUAUAAUUUCUCAGAGCUGUGGUCUACCUGUAUUAAUUUUAAUGCUGUUUGUGGACAGAAAUAGAUAAAAUACUUUUUUCCCCAAAGAAUGUAUCAAGGUAUAUUAAAUUAUGAAUAUGCUCUCUCUAGAGAGUAAUAUAAGAAUAGUUAAUAUAGAAUUAUUUACUUUUACAUUGGAACUGUUUUCCUCUAUAAGAUCAAAAGUCAUCUUAUAAUCCUUUAUAAUAUUUAUUUUUGUUAAUUAUUAAUUUGAUUAAAAUAUGAAUUUUAAAAUUUAGAAUAAUUUCCAAGAAUUGGUUAUAUGUGUUCUCUCUCAUAUUUCUACAUAGCUCUUUAUAGAUAUAUAAUGAAUUUACUUCACAUGCUAUCGAUUCAAGUAUAUUCUAUUGGGAUUUUACAAUAGAAUUACAUAUUGAUGUCAUGAGAGCUCUGAGAAUAAUAUUUGUAAGUUAACUGUUUUAUGGGGACACUGAAAAUAUUGUAUUUUUGUAGGGUCUAUUAAAAUGAGUGUCACUUAUUAGAA